CUUCUUCCCCAUGUGAGACUGCGAUCUCGCUGCCUCCUUUUGAAUUAGUCUAUUGGUAGUAGUUAGCACUGUCCACAAAGCAUCAAUACAUUUUAGAUUUGGAAAGGCUGAGACAAAGCAGAGGCAUGUUGGAUUCUGUUCGUUCCUUCAACGACGACAACGAGAAGAAGAAGAGCAAGUUUGUGCCGCUUCGUGUCGCGGCUCGCAUCUUUGACUUCCUUGCCUCCUCCCCCUGCUCCUCUUUAACAACCAAUUCAGAGAAGUCCCCUGCUGCUCCUGGUCCUGCGGUUCUGAGUCCAGUGAUGGCGGAGAGCGCAGGUUUGCCGGCAGCAGCGGCUGAGGAUGGGAUGGUGGAGGUGGCGGCGAUGCAAAAGGCAGUGAAGCAGCUGCACUUUGGUGAGCGCGAGGAGAUCAAGGUGGCAGCGGUUGCUGAGAUCAAGAAGUUGGCGGCCGGCGAUCCCGGUAGGAAGCGGUUGCUGGCCGCGCUCGGUGUCAUCCCGCCUCUGGUGUCCAUGCUCGUGGAGUUGCAGGACGACCAACACCGGCAGCUUGUAGUUGAAACGCUCAUCGUGCUAGCCCACGGCUCUUUCAAGAACAAGGCACUCAUUGUGGAGGCAGGUCUCCUCGUCAAACUGCAGCAGGUCACGAACACCGAGGACGUCCCAAGGAACCAGCGUUUGGCUCCCCUCCUCCUAUCCCUCUCCUUCCUGGCAAAAACCCAGUCCCCAGUUAACCCCAUCCGCAUGCUACCUUUCCUGGUCAAAAUCUCCACCGCCACCGAAACAACCGACGAGACGAAGUUGACAUGCUUAGCUACCUUGUAUAACCUAUCCACAAAGCUCGACAACGUUAGAGCCAUCGUUUCCAGCGGCGCGGUGCAUAUUCUCCUAAAGUUGAUCCAGAACAGGAAGGCCUCAGAGGGAGCUCUGGCAACUCUGGGCAACUUGAUGCUGAGUGAAGCAGGAAAGAGAGUCAUAGAGGAGGACUCGAUGGUCCCGGAAGCGCUGAUGGAGAGCAUGGCGUGGGAGGAUGAGCCCAAAUGUCAAGAGCUCGCCGCCUACCUACUGAUGGUUCUUGCUCACCGGAGCAGGACCCAGAGGCAGAAGAUGACAGAGCUGGGGAUAGUGUCAUUAGUCCUUGAAGUGGCAUUGUUAGGGAGUCCCAUUGCGCAGAAGAGGGCACUGAAGAUACUGCAGUGGUUCAAAGAUGAGGGGCGUGCAAGGACCGGAGGGCAUUCUGGGCCUCAAGCAGACCAGAUUUCGCUUCCGAGCAGCUCAGCUGGUAAGCAGCAUAUCCGGGAGUGCAGAAGGGCUGUGAAGAAGAUGGUAAAGCAGAGCCUCGAUAGGAACAUGCAAGUCAUUACAAGGAGAGCUCAUGCUUCAGAGGAUUUUUCUUGCUUCAAGAGCUUGGCUGGCUCUUCCAGCUCCAAGAGCUUGCCUUAUUGAACACGACAAAGCUGACAAUUUGGUCAAGGCAAUUGUGACAUUGUAAAUCUAGUGAAAAUUGAUGGUCUAGUUUGCCUAAUACAAUGAUCUAUCGAUGUGAUCUUA